UCUGAUUUUAGUGUAAACCCGAACGCAUCCUAGAUAACAAAAUAGUUGUGACAUUGACAACUUGACAACAUGAUUGUUGCAUUCAUUUUGUAUCCGUUUACUUCAAACUAGUGAGAUAAACUUUUUGAUAAGAAUGCGUCGAACUCAAUAACAUCACGUAUAUCGAUCACCUUGCGACCUAGCGCAAUCUCAUAAAUAAAAUAAUUAAGUAGUUAUUAUGGGUGCGAAAAACCAAAACGUUUUAGAACCAGUGUCGGGAACGACCGCAGUGAAAUUGUUCUUGAAAUGUAUAUUCAUAGGACUAUGGCAAUUGGUGCAAUUUGCAGUGCGAAGGUUAUGGAAAGGGCACCGCAGAAAAUUUUCAAAGAAUUUUCCACCGGUCGAACUCACCGUAGACUCUUCAAUAGGAAUACAUUGUUAUAUUAAAAUUAUGGGAGUAAAGUAUCAUUAUGUAGAAACUGGUCCAAAGAAUGGCCAAGUAGUGCUGAUACUCGGGGAUGCGCCAGAUGCUGGUGACCUGUGGGUGCCAUCAUGGGCAGCGGUAGUGAGGCGGCUGGCAGAGACCCAGCACCAUGUAGUCACACUGGAUCUGCGAGGAACGGGGGGCAGUGAGUGCGGCAACAGGAGGGACCUUUCCCCCCCGAGGGCCGUGGAGGAGCUGUCAGCUCUGUUGAAAGCUCUGGGAGUGUCUGCCAACAAUCCAGCUAUAGUGAUAGGCUUUGGUAUCGGGGGUAUGUUAACAUGGUACCUGGCGCAUUGCCGCGGCGCGCUGGUGCGGCGCUUCGUGGUGGCGGGCGCGCCGCACCCCAACCUGUACUGGCAGCACCCGCCCGCGCCCUUCUGCCAUCAAGCGCUUUACUUUAUACAGUGGCCCCACUUCCCGGAGCGGUGGCUGGCGGAGCGCGCGCUGGCUGAGAGCGCGGAGGGCGCGGCGAGCGUGCUGCGCGCGCGGGACUGGACCGGCGCCCUCAACUAUGUUAGAGGCGGGGCGUGGUGGCGCAUCGUGGCGGGUCACCGGGCGGAGGCGCCGGCGCUGCUGGUGGGGGCGCGGGCGGCGGCGGCGCAGCUGGUGGCCAGCGCGCAGCACUGCGCCCGCCCCGCGCUGCGCCUGCUGCCCGCGCCGCACCCCGCGGACCCGGACCUGCCCGCGCUGCUGCUGGACUUCCUCGCAGUGCAGAAAGUGGAGGAGGGUGCGGGUGUGGGUGUGGGCGCGGGAAGGCGCGGGCUGGUGGGGCGCGUGCUGGGCGCGGUGGCGGGACGAGGGCGCGACCUGACAGCGCGACUCUCGCUGCCCGCACUCUCCGCGCAGGCUUGACGCGGCAUCAGACACACACACACACACGCACAGAGAUGUUCUCAUCAGAACAAAAAUCUUCCGCAGUAUCCGCAUUUAGAAUUAACUUGAGUUUUUGCGGAGUUCUAUUUGAUAAAAUUUUAAUGUCGAUUAUUUUUUAUAAUUUUAUUAGUUAUUAUAUAAAAUUAAAUUCAUUUAUUUAGAUUCAAAUAUUUAAGUUAAUUUUAAGAUAAAAUAUUGUUUUCGAAAUAAUCGAUAUAGUAAACGAAAGUUCCUUCGUAGUUAUUUAAGUCGAUUGUUAAAAGUCUGAUGAAUUUUUAUUUUAGCGACGGCCAAAGAUGGUGAAGGUCUAGCGGAUGUUUUUAUCGAGAUUUAUAAUUUUAUAUUGUUUAUAUUUUGUUUGAUUGCGAUUGAAAUAAAGAUAAUAUUGUAAUGUG